CCCUUCAUUGUGGAGGUAACAAGAUUAACAAAGAGGACAAAAGGUGUCGCGUCUGAUUGAUGGAUGGUGGCUGAAACCGCCCGGAGGCGCGGUGCCUUUGAUACUAUCAUUUUAUAACGUUUGAGGACCUGUGGCGGCAAAUGGAGGGGGCGUGUUGCGUUCUUGGGAGAAGCAGAGGGCCAGGCUGGUAAUUUCCCUAACCCAUUCAUUUCCCCAUUAAAGAGAAAUUAAGGUAGGUGUAUAUACAUGGAGGGGGAGGGGCCUUGUGCCUUUUACUAAGAACAUCGUUUGGAGCCUCUUGUACAUGCCGAACAGGGAGUAAAACGGUCUUGAAACUAGCAAAACUGGGGGAGUGUCCGUCUGUUGGCUGCUAUGCAAUUAGUGUUUUUAAUAAAUAUUAUUUAAGUUAAGAAUAAAGAAAAAUUUCUAGCUGUUUUAAAACGACUUCUGAAAACAUACUCUGUUAUCAGGUAUAAUAAAUCAGAUUCGCAGGCCCCUGCUAACUGAGCAGAAAGACACCUUUUAAAGUGGGGAUUCUCUUAAAUUUAGCUGCAGGAAAGCAACUGGCCCUGUCCAACCCAGCACACCAUCUCUCCAGUGGCUGCUGCUGGUAUCUGCCUCAUUUUAUUUAUUUAUUUAUUUAUUUAUUUAUUUAAAAGAUUGGAGAACUCUUUGGGGACAGGGGACCAUCUAUUACUAUUUUUCUAGUAAACCCCUUUGAGAACUUCCUCGUAGUAGGCUUUUAGUUUAUGAUGUUUUAAAGUUUGCUUAUGCGAUUUUGUUUUUACAUGAUGUUUAGGUUUUAGUUGUUGUCAAAUUGUAAACCACCCUGAGAUUGUAUAUAAGCUGGUAUAAAAAUAUGGUAGAAAGAUAAAAAUGUCAAGAGAGUAUUAUUUAUUCUAACAUAUUUGAAUACCUCCCAAAAUGCAAGUCUCUGGGCGGUUUACAACAAAACAAUACAACAACAAAUAAAAAGGUUAAAACAUUACAAUAACUGAAGAUUUAACACAAUGUUAAAACUUUUAAAAGCCAUCACACUAUUAAAACAGUAUCUAAUUAAAAGCCUGGGCGAACAAAUGUGUCUUGACUGCCUUUUUAAAAGUUGUAGGAGAUGGGGAGACUCUUAUUUCCGCAGGAAGCGUGUUCCAGAGUCUGGGGUCUAUAUUAACUAUAUUAAGGCGCUCGGACCAGCAAAGUUAUGAACUAUCAAGAAAAGAGCAGGCACUUCCAUUCUUGAAACGGGCAAAACUGAGUUGCUUCUUGAUAAAAGUCUCCAAAGGAACACCAACUCGCUCUCCCUCUCCUGCUGCCGAAAUUGUCCGGCGCCAAAGAGAGAAGAAGCGUGUGGCGAUCGCAAGGAAAGCCUGGAAUCGGUCGAGCGCGAGAGGCGUGGUUUGGCUCGAUGCCCACCGGCUCGCCAGCAACCGACCUGUUGUGCGCACUAAAAGGGGCCCGACUCCCGAGGAAGGCAGGGAAAGGCCGGCCCUUGGCGACACACCCCCUGGAGUCACACCCCUGGUGACGCAGGCCUCCGAUCUGGCUUAGCCCACUCCGCGGUGCCUCCGAAAAGCCAGACUUCUUCGCUCGCUGCGCUUAGCCAGAGACAGCUCGCGUCUGAUCAUGGCAGGAACCAGCCGGAGCGUCGCCGUUCUGCGGCCACUAUCGGAAGCCGCUUUGCGCUCGUGCUGCAAAAAAGGGACCCGAUUGGGUUCGCCUCCCUGUAGACACUUAAGCUCCUAUGGAAUCCUCCUCCCUCUGAAUGUGAAGACAUGUCCUCCUCUCACUUCAAGUUCAGCCAUGAAGCAACAGACCCGACCCUUCCUUAACCUGGCUGCUCCGGUACUUGGUGCCAAACGAAUAGAGUAUGCAGAAGUCCAUCGGCUGCAGUACUCUGCCGAGCAGAUGUACGAUAUUGUGGCAGAUGUGGGCAGCUAUCGGUUCUUUGUGCCCUGGUGCACUGGCUCCCGGGUCAUUUCCAGUUGCAACGAGUUUUUACGAGCAAAAUUGGAAGUGGGUUUCCCCCCGGUGGUAGAGCAUUAUGUCUCUGAGAUUUCCAUGGUACCACAUCGUCAGAUUCGGGCUGUGAGUAAGGACGGGAGGUUAUUUCAGCAUCUGGAGACACUGUGGCAGUUUGGGCCAGGACUUCCAGGGCAGCCAGACAGCUGCACACUCAAGUUUUACGUCUCCUUUGAAUUCAAGUCAGUUCUACAUUCCCAACUGGCAAACCUCUUCUUUGAUAAGGUAGUCAAGCAGAUGGUGUCAGCCUUUGAACACCGAGCAGAGAAGCUAUACGGCCCGCAGGCUGCAGUCCAAAAGUGCAAGGCAGUUUGCUGCACAUGAUGGAUAGCCCCAUUAGAACUGACAUGUGGGGUAUCUUUCUGGGGCUGCUACAAAACACGUGACUUGACCACUCACUCAGGAUUUCUUCCCAGAUGCCAGUUUAGGGAUACAGUUUAGCUGUAUUUAUGCAUAUUUAAUUCUCAAAACCCUCAGAGUAAAUUAUUUAAUUAAUUGUGGUUUUUUUAUUAUGAAUGUUCUAGGAUAAAUUAUUGGAUAUUUAAUCUUGCUGUUUGAAGGGUGACUCCUUGUUUCAAAGGAGACUUCUGGCAAUGAAAGAGAUGUGUGUGUGUGUGUUUUGUAACAAUAAAGCAUUUAUAUUUUUAUUUUUA